UUUAGUGCGUAUCUACGAUACGCUACAAAAUAAAGGCAAUGAAACAUAGCUUAUCUAGAGGAACUCCCCCUUUGUGAGCUUUCGGAAACCUUACAUCUCGUAGUAUGGGCACUAUUACCAUGCUGGAGUAGGCACGAUGGUCCCGGUCUUCUUUGGGUCAUGUCCAUAACCUGUCACGUAUAAAAAAGUUCAAAGUGCCUAAAUUUAAUCACGAAGGAUUCAAUUUAUUGUAUAUUAAUAUUUUUUAUGAUUUAUUUUGGAUUCGAUCAAACAUUAACAAAUUGUUUUUUUAUGCUUGUUCUGGAUUUAAUUUACUACCUCCACAGUGCCUACACGGAGCAUCUAAAAAAUGGGAUGAGUCCUAUCCGAUAUAGUUAAUAUGAUUUAUGUGUAAGUUGUCAAGGUAACGUUAGUGUAUUAGUUUUCACUGUUUGUAACAUUGGCGUAUCAGAAUGUCAAAACGACAUUACCUAAAAUUCACAGAAUUUAAAGUAGUCACAGUAACUUUCUAAAUGGGUGAUGAAGAAGCUGCUACCCUCGAAGGACAGUUCUAUGAAUUUUCCAGAUUGUUAGAUAAUAAACGCGACGGUACUACCAUCACAUUAUAUCGAUCCGAUUUCUGGAUGCGUCAAGCAAAGCUAUUGGAUGAUAGAAAGUUAACAAUGACUGAUACUGGAAUAUUAUUUAAUAAAUUUAGCAAGACCGAAUUAGACUGGGAUGAGUGGAACCAGUUUUUGGAUGAGGUUUGCGAAUUAAAACAAUUUGACGAAGAAAAAGUUCGUGAAACUCUGACCAAUUGUGGGCUGCCCGGUCAAACGCCAGUAUUAGUGCCUCAAUAUAGAGAUUUCUUUGCGACUUAUAAACCCAAAGAAAAAUUGCCGUUUUAAUACAUUUUAUGCUAUCUGCUUUUU